GAGUUCAAACAGGAAAGCUUGAGUUUGCUCAACCACUGUUAUCAACAAGAUGAUACCGAAACACUGCGAUUGCUGACAGCCGAGUUACCCAACUGGGGACAGCACACCUGUCUUUCAUUAGCCGUUAUUGCGAAUAAUAGGAGAUUCCUUGCGCAUCCGUGCUGUCAGAUUCUGCUCGCCGAUUUGUGGCACGGUGGUCUUGGCAUGAAAAGCAUUCUGUUGCUGGAUGUGAAAGCGCGUAUAUCGAAGCGACGAAUGGAUUCGUUGCAGGAUCAUCAAUAUUUGAUCAAAGGCGACGAAUCAGAAAAUGUUCGUUUCCAGGAUCUUUUUCUUUUCUGGUUUUUUUUUAACGCAUAA